AUGGGUACAACUGCCAGUGCUGCGCCCCCAACCACGCCUGAGAGUUUGCACGGCAACGGGAUGAUGGACAGCAGGCAGUCACUAGGCAACGCCUCCUUAAAGACGGUCAGCAUCCACAACAGCAAGGCCAAGUCCAUCAUCACCAACAAGGUGGCCCCCGUCGUUAUCACCUAUAACUGCAGGCAGGAGUUCCAGAUUCAUGAUGAAUUGCCAAGGACUCAUUAUAAAAUGGGGCGGAUCUCCGACACCAUGCCCGAACACUUCCUGGUGCAGGGUUCCUACUUCAUGGUGCUGGACGUGUUCAGCAAGGCGGACGUCCUCAACACGACGGGUUCGUGCGGCGCUCCAAACUUCCGCCAGAGCAAAGGCAGCUACCCGCUGUUCGGCAUGGGCCAGCCCAGCCUGGCUGGUUUCAAACAGGUCCUGCAGAAGCUGCAGAGCCAAGGCCACGAGGAGGUGAUUUUCUUCUGUGUGCGUGAGGAGCCGUUGUUAUUUCUGCAUUUGGAGGAGAACUUUGUUCCCUACACCCCACGGAGGAAGGAGAACUUACAUGAGAACCUGCAUGGCCUGAGCAAGGACGUUCCAGUGGAGACCUUGGAGCUCAAUAUCCGGAAAGAGCUCCAUGACUUUGCCAGGCUGAACGAGAAUGUUUUCUACGUCUAUAACGACAUCGAGCAUUUUAAAGACGAGCCCCAGAAGAUCUCCAUCUCCUGUGAAGAGGACAUCCACGUCACUGAGGAGGUCUACAAGAGGCCGCUCUUCACCAUGCCUGCAUACAGGUACUACCGACUGCCCCUGCCUAUGGAGGGUGCACCAAUAGAGGAGCAGUUUGAUGCCUUUGUGAACAUAUUAAGGGAGAACCCCUCUCUCUCUCUGAAUCGGGACGAGUCCAGGCCGCUCCCUGCUCUGUUGUUUAGCUGUCAGGUCGGUGUUGGUCGUACUAAUCUGGGGAUGAUUCUGGGAACGCUGGUGAUGGAGCGACUGACAGGAGCUCCGCCCCCUCCGCAGUCACCCCCACCACCAUCACCCACUGACACACAAACUGAGGAAACGGUGAAGCCUGAACUGAAAGCCCAGUUCCAGGUCAUCCAGACCCUCAUCAGCAAACUGCCCAACGGUCAACAAAUCGUAGAUGAGGUGGACCGUGCUAUUGAGCUGUGCUCUGAAAUGCAUGACAUUAAAGGAGCCAUUUACGAGAACAAGAAGAAACUAGAAGCCAUCGUAGAGGAUUACCAGUCUCAGGGAAGCAGCACUAAACUGUACUUCCUCCAGAGGGCGCUGCAGAGUCUGGAACGUUACAUCUACCUGAUACUGUUCAACACUUACCUGCACCAACAGUAUCCGCUGGCAUUUGCUCACAACUUCAGCCAAUGGCUGUGCUCGAACGCCUGGGUGUACCGCCUCCUGUCCUGUAUGAACCAAUCAGAGCUCAGAGCACCUGCUGACCUCAUCACUAAGGGAGCCAGAGUACUGGUUGCUGAUGAAUACUUGGCUCCUGAUGUCCUGAGCACCGUUAAGGAGAUGAAGGUAGCUAAUUUCAGACGGGUGCCGAAGAUGCCAGUGUACGGGAUGGCUCAGCCCACGUCUGAGGCUACAGGAGUCGUUCUGUCGUAUCUGACAGACGAGAAGCGGAAGCACCAGCAUGUUCUGUGGGUGAACGUUCAGGAGGAGCUGGUGUUGGAGGCUAAUGGUCAGAUUUUCUGUCCCAGAGAGCCGUCCUGCCUGGAACAGCACAUUUCACUCCACACCGCCCAAACGCAGGACAUAGAGAGGUUGGAGACGGCUCUGAAGGAGGAGAUCCUGAAGGCUCAGAAGUGGUUGGAGGUGACUCUGGAGCAGGAGAAGCAGAUGAAGAUGUUUAAGAGCUGCCAGACCGUGCAGGAGAUCUUCAACCAGCACAAGAGCUCUCACCCGGGACUGGAGUACAAACGUGUUCCUCUACCGGAGUGUGCAGCACCUACUGAACAGGACUUUGACGGUUUGCUGGAGGCGAUGAAGAGUGUGCUGGCUGAAGAUUCUCGGGCUGCGUUCGUGUUUAACUGUUCUAACGGAAAAGGCCGGAGCACCACAGCCAUGACUGUAGCAGCCCUGACGCUCUGGCAUUUUAACGGGUUCCCUGAGUUUGGAGAAGAGGAGAUCGUCAGUGUUCCUGAUGCUAAAUACACCAAGGGGGAGUUCGAGGUGGUGAUGAAGCUGGUCAGGAUUCUCCCUGACGGUCACAGGAUGAAGAGAGAGGUGGACAUGGCUCUGGACUCGGUCAGUGAGACCAUGACGCCGAUGCAUUACCACCUCAGAGAGAUCAUCAUCUGCACGUACAGACAGAUGAAGAACAGUAAGAAUGAGCAGGAGAGCCGCUCGCUGUUGCUGAAGAGUCUGCAGUAUCUGGAGCGCUACAUGUACCUGAUCCUCUUCAACACCUACCUGCACCUGGAGAAGAAAGACUCCUGGCAGCGCUCCUUCAGCACCUGGAUGCAGCAGGUGGCGGCCCGGGCCGGAGUUUACGACCUGCUGAACCAGCUGGGCUUCUCCGAGUUUGAGAACCUGAAAGACUCAACCCUCGCUCGCCUCCGCUUCCGCUGGCAAGAACAAACCUCCCAGAACCUUCCCUUCAGAGGAGAACUCAUCUGAGAGAGAGAGAGAGAGAGAGAGAGACGCACUGUGACCUGUGAAAGAAAAAACAAGCGUAAUCUGAAGAUGCUGUGCAUUUAUUUGAUCACUGUGCAUUCAGAGCAGAUUUAUUUUCAAUACUCGUCGUUUUUUUUAAUUGCUGUCGUCGUUAGAUUGUUUUUGUUUGUAGUGGAUUCAUCCAGGGCACACGCUAAACCUUUAACACCAGCCACAGCUGUUUAACCCUCUAAACUCCAGGCUUGUUAAUCUUAAAGCGAGAGUUCACAUAAAAUUUACCCCUCUCACCCCAAAUAUCGGCGAUCGUACAAGAUAUCGCCGCUGUCCAGAGAAGAAGAAGUAUCUCUAAAACGGCCAAAACAUUUUAACUUUGACUAUAAUUUAAUGUAUUUUAUUGAAUGCCAUGUUGGAUCAUUUCUAUUGGUCCACGUUCAUCAUGAAAUUGAAUAAUAAUACAACAUAAUGGGCAACUGGUUUCUCAAAUGAUGUAGAAAAAUGAAAAAGUGAAUCGUUUACUUUUGGACAGUGACGAUAUAUUUGGUGCUUCUUUAGUUUUGCACUAGGCUCAUUUUGCUAACAAUUAAUGGAAGCUCAUACCCCACCAAUUAGCAUGCUAACUGUUUGCCUACAUCAUUACCCGUUUGCCUCGGUCCGUGUCGGGUUGUUAUUGAUCUCAAAUAGACUCGAUCUUCUGGUUUCUAACACUGAAUUUUAUAAAAAAAAAAGUGAAGCCACUGUUUUUAGCUAUGCUAACACUCUUCAUAGUCCAUGUUUAUAGAUAAUAGUGAGUCAUACAGUGUCAGAAACCAUGUAAUCAAGUCUAUUAGAGACACUGAACACAGUUUGAGGCAAGUUUGUGAUGCUUUAAGCCUGCAGUUAGCGCCAGUGCUAAAACUAAAGAAGCUUCAGACGCCAAACAUGACUUAGCUGAUCGACUAAGUGGGGCGUAAGCAGGUAGAAACUGCGCACGUUAGAAUUUUUUGCUAAAACUGUCGCUUUAAAACAGUGAGCUUUCGACAUCACCACUGUUCACUGUGCUAGAGUCAGCGUCUUUCACCCGAACCCACAGAUCUCACUCCUGCUUGCAUCAAUUCCUUUAAAAAAUGACGUUUUCCACACGCAGAGGGCAUCGAUGGCCGCUUAGCCACUAGAAAAGCAGUAUUAGGUUCCUGUUUUUAUGUAAACGUCCACAUUCAUGAUCAUGUUUGUGUUGAAACUGUUAUAAAUGUGAGCUUUCUCCUCAUUUCAUUGCUGUUUCACAGAUCUGUCCCUAAAUUCCAGCUUUAAAUGACCAGAACGUGCUUUUAUUCCAUCUGUUUUAGCUUGUAUAGUUUAUUAAUCCUGAUCACUUUCACUCAUUUGCCUUUUUAAAAUAAUAGUAAUUGUUGUUAUUGUUAUUGUUAUUAUUGGAGAAUAGAUUCCGAUUCCUGAAGAAACCACUGUUGCAUUUUGUUUUUUGUUUUGUAAAGAUGCGUACAGUAUUUUCAAAUGAGAUGUUUUUUUGCACUCUCCAUUAAACAAGGUUUCUUACCUCUCA